AUGUUUGACGACGGAACAACCGUCGUCAUUGAAAAGCUUCCCGCCCACGGCAGCUUGAGACUCUGGGACUACAUACGAGCCUUGGAGGAAUCGAAGGACCUCGAUUCAACAAUUCCCGCCGCCGCCAACCCCCUUAGGUAUGACAUUGGAAACUGGCUCGGGCAUUUUCACAACUGGGGCUCAGAAGAACAUGUGGUUGAGAAACUUCAGACAAUUGCGAGAGACCCAGAUGUCAUUGACCAGCAUUGCAAGUCCAUCUCCAAAAAGCUAAAGGAGGCCAUUCAUCAGCUUCCUAAAGACACUCAUAACGCUCAGAAAAAUUUGGACAAAGUUCUUAACUUAAUAAGGACAAACUAUGCCGUUCCCGGAAAGAAACGAGCCUUUCAUACUCUCAAUGGCAAUUUUGACCUAGUCAGCCUCCAUAUCAUGUACUUCCCGCUUGAUAAGCGGGACCACCCAAAACAUGUGCCAUCUGUUUACGUCUCGGAUUGGCGUGAUUUUCGUGAAGGGCAUCCUGCGUUUGACCUCGGUUCGUUGAUGGCCGACUUGGUUGUACUCCACGCACAGAACACCACACUCGCGGGUGAUGUGGCCCGGGGAUUCACUCAAGGAUAUUUUGCCAAGGUCAAGAACAGUAGUUGCCUGAACAACAAGUUCAUGUUCCACGUCUUGGUACACAUUGGUGUGUGCAUGAUUAUACGAUGCCAUGGCCUUUUGGAGGAGAGCAAUGGCACCGGCAGAGACAAGAACACCGGCAAGAGCAAGAACACCGCCAAAAGCAAGAAUACUGCUAAAGACAAGAACAAUGGUAACCAGGCAGGAAACGGCAAUGGAGGCACUGCCAAUGACAAUGGAAAAUCCAAACAUACAACAAACGACACAAGGAUUCGAGGACUGUUCAAAUAUGGACUGAUGAUUAUACGUCAUGCUAUACCUGAAGACAGGAAAUGGUUUCUGGAUAGGCCUCUUCUAUGCUGUCUCUUUGACGUAUCUCAUUCCGAAGAUCACCCUGGGCCCGAUAAGUGGGAGUUGGCUAGGAAAUCAUCCGCAGAGAAGAGUGGUGAUCAAGUGGUGGAGUAA